GCUGUCCUAUUUAUCUUACCAAUGUACUCAGAGGAGCCCAGUAAUAAAACAGGAGGUACCUCUGUCAGUGAGGUGACUAUGCACUGCUAGUUUGGGGGUCUCAGCAUGGACCUCUACAAAGCAGCUUUUGUCCUGGGAGCCCUCACCUGCACUGUGAGUGGCAUCAAUGUGGACAGCUAUGCCAAAACAGAAGGGGCGUGGAUCCUCUCAUUGAACAAGCGACAUUAUACAGUAAACACUGUGGCUGAGUGUGCCGCCAAAUGUGACGCUGAAACAACCUUCACAUGCAAGUCGUUCAUGUAUGUUGAAAAGGAUCAAGAGUGUUGGACAGCAACAGAAAACUCAAAAUCCGACACACUGCUGCGUAGAACCAGUGCAGCUUUAUAUGAAAAAAAAGAAUACCUCCUGGAGUGUGGAAAUGGAUUAGGAACAGAUUACAGAGGAACAAAUUCAAGAACAAAAUCAGGAAAGAUGUGUCAGAGAUGGGACGCUACAUUCCCACAUAGACCAAAUUUCACCCCAAAGACCCACCCUCGAGCAGACCUGGACUCCAACUUCUGCAGAAAUCCUGAUGCUGACAGCGGUGGACCCUGGUGUUACACCACCGACAUCAACACCCGAUGGGAGCACUGUAAUGUAGCCAGCUGCACCGAUGACUGUAUACACUGCAGUGGUGAAAACUACAGAGGGAAAAUCUCCACCACUGAAAAUGGCUUCACCUGCCAACGCUGGGACUCCCAGAAACCUCACAACCAUGGCUACAUCCCCAGCGUACUCCCAGAAAAGUACCUUGAAGAUAACUACUGUAGAAACCCUGAUGGAGACCCUAAACCCUGGUGCUUCACCACCAGCCCAUCCAAACGAUGGGACUUCUGCUCCAUUCCUCGCUGCACGUCCGAGCCUCCCACCAUCAUUCCAGAGGUGACCUGUGCCACUGGUGAGGGCGGAGCGUACCGAGGCACGAUCGCUGUGACGCAGUCUGGCAAAACCUGCCAGAGCUGGUCGGCUCAGACACCACAAAAACACAACAAGACCCCGGACAACUACCCCUGCAAAGGCCUCGAUAACAACUACUGUCGUAACCCCGACAAUGAGAGGAUGCCCUGGUGUUACACCACUGACCCCGAAAUUCGCUGGGAGUACUGCAAGGUGAAGAGCUGUGGGGACGCACCAGGACCAGACGAGCCAGUGAUCCCCACAGAGGAGGAAGACUGUUAUGAGGGGGACGGGACGAGUUACCGUGGCGUCACAACAGAGACCAUCAGCGGAAAGAAAUGUCAAGGUUGGAGCUCCAUGACUCCUCACAGCCAUACGAAAACUCCACAGAAAUACCCCACAGGGGACCUCAGGAGGAAUCUGUGCAGGAACCCCGACGGUGACCGGGCUCCCUGGUGUUACACAACGGACCCCAGCGUCCGUUGGGAGUACUGCAACUUGGAGAAAUGUUCCAUUGGUUCUUCAGGAGCACUACCAACCAAACCGCCUGUACCCAACCCCCCUUCCACCGUCACCCAGGCCCCAGCAGCGAAGGGUAAAUCAUUUUGUUUGUCAGAUUUUGAGAUUCAUUGGGAUUUUUCCAAUUCCUAUAUACACCCCCUUGCUUCUCUUUGUCUUGCUGUGUUAGACUGUAAGGUUGGAAGUGGAGGUACAUACCGAGGUCCAACCUCCAUCACUAUCCUGGGUGUGACCUGCCAGGCCUGGAAUGCUCAGAGUCCUCACCAACACAGGAGCUUCACCCCAGAAACACACCCCGACAAGGGCCUGGACGGCAAUAGCUGCAGAAACCCAGAUAACGAUGUGAACGGGCCGUGGUGCUACACUACUGACAGUAACAAGAAAUGGGACUACUGUCAGAUCUCGGAAUGUGCUGGAGAGAAUUGUGGGUCUCCACCUAGCAAACCAAGGCGUUGUUUCGGUCGUAUCGUCGGAGGGUGCGUGUCUAAACCUCACUCAUGGCCGUGGCAAAUCAGCCUCCGCACGAGUAAUGGAGUCCAUUUCUGUGGAGGAACUCUGAUUCACCGUCAGUGGGUCCUCACUGCUGCUCACUGCCUGGAGAGGUCCAAGCGGCCCCAGGCCUACAAGGUUCUGCUGGGCGUCCACACGGAGCGAGCCAACGAGCCAUCGAAGCAGGAGAGGAGGCUGGAAAAACUGGUGCUGGAACCCAGCGGAGCCGACAUCGCUCUGCUCAAACUGCAGAGCCCUGCUCUAAUAAACGACAAAGUCCUGCCAGCAUGUCUGCCAGAUAAGGACUACGUUGUUCCCAGUGGAACAGAGUGUUACGUAACCGGAUGGGGUGAAACUCAAGGAACGGGAGGCGAGGGCAUCCUGAAGGAAACCGGUUUCCCUGUGAUCGAGAAUAAGAUCUGUAAUCGUCCUUCGUAUCUGAACGGCAGAGUCAGAAACCACGAGAUGUGUGCGGGAAACAUCGAGGGAGGAACCGACAGCUGCCAGGGUGACAGCGGUGGUCCUCUGGUGUGUAACGCUCAGAGCCGGUACGUCCUGCAGGGCGUCACGUCCUGGGGUUUGGGAUGCGCCAAUGCCAUGAAGCCCGGCGUCUACGCCCGAGUCUCCAAGUUCAUCGACUGGAUUGAGGCAACCAUCGAAGCCAAUUAAAGAAAACUACCCACCUUGAACAAACAGCUUCAAAGGUGACGAGUCACAGAGAGCCGUUUCAUUUUUGGCUUUUCGAAAACAUUUUAACAUUUAUGUGCUGUUCUGCUGCUGUGACGUUAUCUGAUGUUAACAAGGUGUCUCUGUCACUGGGGCAACAGUAAAGCAAAAUCGAUGAGCAGAGCAAUAGUCCUGGUUUUGGGACGUAAAGGUAUGUUUUCUGUAAGACCUGAUAAAUAAAACUUGAUACGAAGGAA